AUGACCUCAACGACCGAAUUCACCGGUUCGUCGCUCCUGCAGGACGAGAAGGUGGUGCUGAAGGAUUAUGUCGCCAGUCAGCGACUUGGUGAAGGAGGUUACGCUUCGGUAUUUCUCGUCAAGUAUGUCCCGUCCGGAGAGUGUUUUGCGAUGAAGAUAAUACCGAAUAAUUACUUGAUGGGCUCUGAAUCACUAAUCAUUCAGGAAGCCACCGUCAUGCAGUCUUUAGAGCACCCGCACGUGGUGAAGUUAUACAAGUUUCUGCAGAGUACCUCCGCUUUCUACCUAAUCAUGGAGCUUGCUGAAUGCGGGGAGUUGUUCGAUCUUGUCAUUGCUGAGAAAUAUUUCCGUGAAGCAACGGCCCGAUUGUACUUUCAGCAACUCAUGUCUGCUAUAGACUACUGCCACAGUAACGGCGUCGCCCACAGAGAUCUAAAGGCGGAGAAUUUGUUACUUGGCAAAGAUAAUCGGUUAUUGGUAUGCGACUUUGGUUUCUGCAGCAAAUAUCGAACAGAAGGGGAAGAUGGAGACGAUGGCUCUCCAAAUGAGACCCUGCAACCCAUCGGGACUCUGCACUACACUUCCCCAGAGAUGGUGACACGCACCACCGGUUCUCUCGCUGUAGAUGUGUUUCAGCAAGACCUCUGGUGUGCGGGUAUUAUUCUCUUCUUCAUGCUUACGGGUCGACUUCCCUUCUCCGGCCGAGAUGAUGAGGAGACGUUGCACCUCAUUCAGAUGGGUAGCUUUUCCUUCACGGAGGAGGAGGAGGCGCGUCUCACCCCUGGGGCUCGGUCACUGGUGCGUGGGAUGCUUGCCUUAGAGCCGACAGAGCGACCGAGCAUAUCGCAAAUACUUGAAAGCGAGUGGUUUGUUGUAGAUAUCAAAGCUGACCUCUUCCCCCACCGCCCCGAGUUAAAACGCGGUGCUGCGUUUCUGGAUUUCUCCACGCAGCACCGUGCAACUGAGCAAGAGGAGGCCGCGAUACGAAAGGCGUUUAAAAAAAUUAACAUUGAUGGUUACGGAGAUAUAACACGAGAUCAGCUACGGGAUAUGCUAACCACCCUACACGGUAAGAAGGUGAGUGCGGAGGGAGUGUCGGAGCUUGUUCACCUCUUUACUGGAAAGAAAGAUAGCAUGUUUGUUACCUUCAAACAGUUUCACGACGCAUGGGUCAUCAGGGACCUCGCACACUCCUCGUUUAAACACAGCGACGACUUUCAGCUUCCCAAAAUCAUUGAUACGGAGAUGGAUGGUGUUGAGCGAAAGGUAGUACGGCAGGUGCGCACUGCCUUUGAUUGCGUAGACGAACUUCACACAGGUGUUAUUGACAUGAAUCAAUUGAAGCGCCUCUUCGAGCGGUGCCAAACUGACGUAAACGAUGAAGAGAUUCGAAGUCUAAUCCGCUUCUUUGAUGAGCACGAGGUGGGAAACCGUGGUGAAAUAACAUUCCGUAUGUUCCUCAAAGGUGUGGUGAGCCGUGACAUGCUUGUUCGGCAUCCAAUGGGCCGGAAACUUGCCGCAGCAACAAAUUUAGCUGCGUUGUAUCGAUACUGUGAGUUGAGAGAGAGUGUUCGGCGCGGUGUCUUUGUGUCGGGUGUCUGGGAUAACAUCGUGAAAAAGCUGAUGAAACAUGCCGACCGUCUUGUCUUAAUCCGUGAUGUAGUGAACAUGUCUGAUGUGGAACGUGUUUAUUCCUUCUGCUAUGUUGGAAAAUCGGCUGCGCAAACCACUCCAUUGACCAUGUCGGCGACGCCACCAGCUAUCGAAUCUGAAGGGUGUUUUUUGACACCGAAAGACCUCUCACACAACGCCCUGUUGGGUAGCAGCUUCUGUACAUCAUCCAUUCCCAUGCUACCCCAUUCCACAGGUCAUGCUGGCCAGUAUUCCAAUGUGAAUGAUGCUCAUCAUGGUAAUUUGGCUUCAAGCUACGAGGAAUCGUCACGGUGGGCGGAAUCCCUCAAAGCAGGCAGCGUCUCCCCACCACAACGCACGAUCGCUUAUGGUAGUGGCCCAACCCCAAAGAACCAAGUGACUGGCACAUGUACUAUUGAUGUACUACUUUCUUCCGGGGCCUUUGAAUAUACACUAGUUCGAUUUUGCCGUAUCUCUGGACGCACGCACGACUUUCACGAGGCAGUUGCUUACGUUGCCAAACUUCUGGAACCUGAGCGACUGCGAGCAAUGGAGGACACACUUCCCAGGGGCGAAAGCGUACUUAUAUAA